UGUUUACAGAGAUGUAAGCAGACUUGUGUGGCUGUUCGGCGUUCAGCUUCUACGAGAAUGGUGUGAAGUCAUGGCAUUUUUAAAGACGCAAGAGCGAACUAAAGCAAGAUUUUCUCUCCUGUUGCUGGAUUUAGAGGAAUAUUAUUUUGAACAGCACACUGCAUACCAUGUGACAACCAGUUCAAAAAAGGAGAGAAAAGUCAGAGGCUCGUUCAAGGUCUGUUCCAGAUCUGUCAUAUUUGAUCCAGAGGAUCCUGAAGAGCCAAUUUUAAAGAUUCCUCUUCGAGACUGUAAGAAGAUUGAGUUUGUGCACAGAGAGUACAACCCCUUCAAUGAACCGAGGCCAUCGGCCAUCUCUAUUUUAUGUGUACAGGUUAUUUACAUCAAAGAGAGUAAUGUCAUAGCACCUUACAGAAAUGAAAGGGGGCCAAAUAAAGUGACUUUCCAGUUGGAAGGUUGGAGUAAAACCGAAGAUGUCGUUCAAACAUUACUUCAGCUCCACAGAGCUUCCUGUCUCGAAAAGCUUGGAGACCAGACUGCAAUGAUUGCAGCCAAUUUACAAUCACGACUGGCGAGGUCGUCUUUUGACAAAAACUGCUUUCAGAGUGUUGCUGAGAAGCCUCACAUGGAGUGUGCAGUGGAGAUGGUCAUGCCUCUGGUGUCCAAUCCUGGCCACGUCUGCAUAACGGAUGAAAGCCUCUACUUCCAGCCUCUCAAUGGAUAUCCGGAACAGGUCAUUCAAAUCGAACUCCACAGAGUCAGGAGAAUCUACAAAAGACGGCAUGGACUCAGACCUCUGGGUCUUGAGGUGUUCUGUACGGAGAAUGAUUUCUGCUCUGACAUCUACCUGAAGUUUUACAAGACGACUGAUAGAGAUGAAAUCUACUAUUACAUUGCUACGUUCCUGGAGAACCAUGUGACCGAGCACACAGCAGAGAGUUACAUGCUGCAGUGGCAGCGCGGCCACCUGAGCAACUACCAGUACCUUCUUCACCUCAACAACCUGGCUGAUCGUAGCUGCAACAACCUCUCCCAGUAUCCCGUCUUCCCCUGGGUCAUUGCUGACUACACCAGCGUACGGUUGGAUUUGACAAAUGCUGCCACAUUCAGGGACCUGAACAAACCUGUGGGAGCCCUAAACAAAGAGCGACUAGACCAGCUGCUGGCUCGCUACAGAGGCAUGCCUGAACCUCGCUUCAUGUAUGGCAGCCACUACUCCUCUCCAGGCUACGUCCUCUUCUACCUGGUCAGAGUCGCUCCAGAGCACAUGCUGUGUCUCCAGAAUGGCCGCUAUGACCAUGCAGAUCGCAUGUUUAAUAGCAUAGGUGAUACAUGGAAAAACUGCUUAGAGGGGGCAACUGACUUCAAAGAGUUGAUUCCAGAGUUCUAUGGGAAUGACUGCGGCUUCCUGGAAAACAAACUGAGGCUUGGUUUGGGCAGAAGGCAGAACGGGAGCUUAGUGGGGGACGUUGUUCUCCCACUAUGGGCCUCGGACACCAGCGAUUUUCUUCAAAAGCACAGAACAGCACUGGAGAGUCAGUAUGUGUCGGAGCACCUCCAUGAGUGGAUUGACCUGGUGUUUGGCUUUAAACAGAGAGGCAGUGAAGCUCUUGCAGCCCAUAAUGUGUUUCACCCACUGACCUACGAAGGAGGCAUCGACUGUGAUAGCAUUGAGGACCCUGACCAGAGAAUCGCCAUGCUGACACAGAUCCUGGAGUUUGGCCAGACGCCCAAACAGCUGUUCACCAUCCCUCACCCUCAGAGGAUCACGCCAAGGUUUCAAAACAUAACUCGAAGCCCCAGCAGCAACUCACCAGUCAGUGACCUGUCUUCAGCCUCUCAGAGUGAGGACUCGUCCUUCGAAGACUUGACCGAGGAGAGCAGGAAGUUAGCCUGGGCAAACAUUGGAAAUCUGAAACCCAUCUCCAGCCACAAGAUCCAUAAAGAGGCUGUGACGGGCAUCGCUGUGUCUCUUGAUGGAGCAGCUAUUUUCUCCACAUCUCAAGAUACAACCCUUAAAAUGUUUUCCAAAGAGUUGAAGGACUUCCAGAGAAGCAUGUCCUUCUCUAACAUGGCAUUAUCAUCAUGUUUGAUGCUGGCAGAUGGUAAAACUGUGGUGUGCUCUUCCUGGGACAACAAUGUUUAUUUCUACUCAGUCCCAUUCGGCAGGCGGCAGGACACACUGAUGGGUCAUGAUGAUGCAGUCAGUGAGAUGUGUUGGUUUGAUGAGCGGCUGUACACUGCGUCCUGGGAUUCCACCGUGAAGGUCUGGCAGUGCGCUUCUGAUAACUCAUCCAGUCACAAGAGAUCCCAGUUUCAGUUACUGGCCGAGUUGGAGCAUGAGGCUGGGGUGAACACCAUUGGUUUGAAUCCAGCGGGGACUCUGCUGGUUUCUGGCUGUAAAGAUGGGGCCGUCACCAUCUGGGACACCAGCAGCUACGCAACACUGCAGCAAGUCCACUGCCACACUGGAACCAUCCACCACACGGCCUUUAGUCCAGAUAGCCGACACGUCCUCAGUGUCAGUGCCGACUGGUGUAUGAAGGUUACUGACGUCCAGACCGGGAUGGUGAUCUCGACUGUGAAAGCUGUGGAGGAGCAGAGCUGCCCUGUUCCCUGUGUGCACCAUACAUACCUAAAGGAUCUACGGUCUGGCCCAGUGUGAUAUCUAUCUGGUUUUCGAUUGGACGGAAGAGGACGUCGAAGAAGGAGCAGCUGAUGUCUGGGAGGAUCUUCGCUUUCUUCUUAGCCUCCUCCGCCAGCCUCUCCUCCUCGGCUUUCUUCUCUGCCUCCAGCCUUUUCUCCUCGUCCUUUUUCUUCUUCUCCUCUGCCUUUUUGGCUGCCUCCUCUGCCUUCUUUUUGGCCGCUUCUUCUUUUGCUAUUCGCUCCUCUUCCUUCAAUCUGAUGUAGUCCUCCUUCCUUAGAAUAGGUGCUAAGCAGACAAAGAGAGUGACGGAGAGUUAAAUGGCCCUUUGGCCUGUUUUCUGUCUGCAUGUUGCUUUGAACAUGUCCGUACUUACUGACAGGUGGGGUGAUUUCUGGCGAAGUGGCAUAAGGGUCUAUGGCUUUCUCUCUGAGGAGCUGUGUCCGCUCUUUUGCCUUCUUUAUUAUACUUCUGAGCGUAUCAUCUAUUUCACGGAAGUAGACAACAGGUGGAGGAGGAGGAAGAGGGGCCUCUUCCCUGAAAACAGGGAGCAAAGGAAAAAGAAGGGUGAAUAAAAGAUUACCAGAGAAAAGGUGACGCUAAAUCAGAGAGGAGGGAAGUGAGGGGGCUGAAUUGGAGAAUCAUUUUAUAUAGUGAAGAAGAGUAUCCUCAGUUAAAUGGGACAAUUUUGCAAAUGUGGUAGUAUAGUUCAUAUUAUUAUUGUCACUAUUUAUCUGCUGAGAUGGAAGAAAAAGCAGAGACACACAACCCUAUAGCUCUAUAUCAUAAUAAUCUAUAUAACAAACACGUUGGACUUCUGUUUUCACUCUUAUUUGAACCCAAGAGAAAAUAUAGUAUUUUAUGAAUAUGUUCUUUAAAACCUCUCUAAUCUCUAUUUCAGCAAUUGUUCAUUUGCCAAUACAAAAAUAACAUAAACUUAUUAAAUCAUCUGCAAAGAACAAAAUUAAUUCUCUGGCUUUGAGUAUUUCACUUGCAUGUGAAUGCUCUAAGUGAUCGUUCUCAGUCACAAAUACCACUAAGCCUCCUAAUCGCCUUUCCUACUUUUGGAGUCACAGGAGUCACACUGUGAUCAUGGCCGCUGGUACUGCAGCUAACAUACAGUACGUCCACUGUACGUAUUGUGAGGAGAGCUGAAACAAUGCAGACCUUGCAGCUACUCAGAGUAUACUGUUCUAUCCGUUACAGAUAGUUCUGUAUUCGGAGAUUAAAUUGAACAAGUUUAGAUUUUAAAUGGCAGAUAUUAGCAGUAACAGUUAUGUCUUAAGUUUGGAAAUUAUGUAAAUACUGAAUGCUACAAAGUAAAAAAAUACCAAUCACACAUAAAGGACCAUCUGCACUAACAUUUCUGGAGGUAUAUUUGUUCACCAGGUCGUACCACAUAAAGUACCACACUGUACUUGUGUCACACUUUAGAUCAGAAGCUCUCAAACAUUGUCAUUAUACAGCUACACAGACACUUAAUUUACUGUAAGUAUGAGUAGGGUAUAGCUAAUUAAAGACAACAGAAACAAUAAUGUUUCAAAUCAUUUUUGAUGAUGAGAUUGUGACUAAAAAGCAAAUGUUAUCGAAAAGUUUGUAUUUCAGAAAGAAAAAGAAAUCUGAAUUAAGGUCCCUUUUAAAAGCUUGAAAUGUCAGUAGUACUGACAUGUCCAUCCAAGUCCCAUACACGCUUAACCUGUGCAGGGUCGCAGGGGACUUGAGCCUAUCCUUACUUGCACUACAUUAGAUAGACACAGUAUAGGAUAAAUUCUUACCCUUCAGCAACAGGAGCAGCAGCAGCAGCAGCUGGGGCAGGUCCUGAGGCAGGAGCUGGAAGAGAAAUACAGCAGCACUCUUUAGUCAAUUUCUAGCAACCAUAUCAAAGGGUUUUACAUUUUUACAUUGUUUUGGCUGACUUGGAUAUUCGUCUGUAUUCAGCCGGAGAGAGGCCG